AUGGGUACCGGGACGCGUAGACAAAUAUGCACUUGUGUGUCUUCUCCUGUUUUGUUUUGUUUUUCUUACUUGAUGUGUGUGUGUGUGUGUGUUUUAGGGCGAGGCAGGAUGUCACUUAGCGAGACGCAGCGCGAGCGAUUCUCCCUGCAGUUCCUCAUCUUCGACAAGGACUCUGACGGCCGCAUCACGACGGAGCAGUUGGGGCCGCUGUUGCGCAUUUGGGGCUUUUGCCCAUCCGAGGCGGAGGUGCAGGCGACGGUGCGGCUCUUGGACCCGGACAACACAGGCGUUCUUACGAAGGCGCAGGCCUUUGACGCAGCCGAGUCCAUGCUGAACCAGAUGAUAACCGAAGUGGAUGUGCGGGAGGCCCUCCGGGUGCUCGACGCGGACGGCGACGGAUUUCUUACCACCGCCGAACUGCGCCAUGUUCUCUUGAAUUUAGGCGUCCGGCUGUCGCUGGAGGAGGCGGACGAAGUCAUUGCUGACGCCUACGCGGACGAGGACCAACAAGUCAACACGGAUGAUUUUGCCCGCAUGCUUUUUUCAGAUGCGAGUGAGGGAAAAUUGGAUAUUUGA